AUGCCAAAAAAGAAUAAUAAGAAAGCUACCAAGAAGAAUGAGGUAGUAAAUAAGGACAAUGGGAAAGAAAAGGCUGAUACGAAAGCUAUAGAAGUAGAUGAAUCACAAGAAAUAGAUAUAGAGGAAAGCAGAGUGGACGACAAAGCGGCCGAAAAUCCAGAAGUUUGUGAAGAUAUUUCUAACGUAGAACAUAAUACUGAGCUGAAUAAUGAAACAGGAAUAGCCAAGGAAAAAGCCAUACCAGCUGUCGCUGUAUCGGAAUCAAAGGAAAGUGUCGAAGAUUCACAAGAGCUCCAACAGGCUUCACUUCCUACCACAGAUAGUAUUCCUCCUAAAACGAAAAAAAGAUUAACAUUACUGGAAAGGUUAGCAUUAGCUGCAAAAGGAAAAAAACAGAGGUCUUCUACGCCUACCCCUACGUCAUCAGCUGGUGGAACCCCACCAGUUAAUGCUCCUGAGGAACCAAUGAAUAUAAAUAUAAACGAAGGAAGUGACCCAUUAGCGGAUAAUAAUGUUAGCUUGAAAGUAAAAGAAAAUGUACAUAAUACUGGGCUGGAAAAUAAUCUUGAAUCACACGACAAAUAUUCGGAAGAGAUUGCAAGACUAACUGCAGAAAUUAGGAAUUUGAGAGCUAAUAAUUCUGAGUUAUCUGAUGAAAAUAAACGGUUGAAUGCACAAUCAUCGAAGCCCGGAAGUAUUAAAGAGAUAUCCAAUUUGAAAGAACAGUUGUCAUCUAAAGAUGAAACAAUUGAACAAUUAAUGAAAGAGGGUCAGGCCUUAUCGGUAAAGGAAUUAAAACUUAACGAAAGCAUUAAAAAGUUAAAAGCAUCAAACAAUGAUUUAGAGCAAUCAUUAAAUGAUUAUUCAAAAAAGAACGAGCAGAUAUUACUACAAUUAAAUGAACAAGAGGAUUUCCUAAAAAAGCAUAAGUUCAAGUCCAUUAACCAAUUAAUUGACAAUUACAACGAUAUAUCCAAUAAACUAGCUCAGUCUAAUGAUAAUCUAGAAAAAGAAAAACAGCUUGAUUGGGAGGGCAAAUACAAAGAGCAACAAAGGCUUUAUGAAGCUGAAUUCACAGAAAAAAAACAGGCUAUAAAACAAUUGAAUGAAAUCAAAAUUCAAUUUGACAUGUCCAAAAAGCAAAAUUCUCUUGAGUUAGAGUCCAAAAAUACCACUAUUAAUGAUUUGAAAAGAAAUAUAAAUAGUAUAAGAGAUGAGAAUUCAAAAGAGAUUUAUCGCCUAGAAAAUAAAAUCGAAUCUUUGAGAGUCGAGAAUGAGCGUUCGGUUGGUGGUUUCAGCGAUAAAAAGGACUACAAUGAUGGUGGUGAAAAAGAUCAAACGGAAGCUAGUAGUUCGAAACAUAUAGACUACGAAGAGUUCGUUAAGUUAUCUAAUAACCACCAUAAUUUGCAACAACAAUAUUUAUCUUCACAAGAAAAUUGGAAAAUGAUUGAAUCAAAUCUAUUAAAUAAAGUAGAUUCAUUGACAUCGUCUGUAGACGCUUUGAAAAAGUCCAAGACAAAGUCAACUAAUGAGCUUCAAAAGGUGCAAAAUAGUUUACAAAAAAAAAUAGAAGAGUAUGAUCAAUUAAACGAGAAAUUUGAAGAAUUAACAAAUGAAAAAGAAGAACUUCUCUUUCAGAACCAAGUUAAAGAUACCGAUUAUCAAGAGUUACAAGAGAAAUUUGACAAAUUUCAACAAAUUUACAAUACAGACCGCCAAAACCUCAACUCUAAAAUUAAAAAAUUGACAGAGUCCUUGGAAAAAUCAAAGAAUAAUAGUAAUACUAACUUGGGACCAUUUGAUCAAACUUCUCCAAGUAAGCAAAAUAUUAACGGUUUAAAUCUUAAUCUUGAACCUCCAAAAUUCACAAAACACCUUUCAUCAACUAGUAUCAACGAAGCAUCUUACAAUAACUCUGGUUGGCCAGAUAUAAAAUUCGGUGAAUCUUCGACUACUCCAGCUAUUUCGAGAGAAUAUUCGUCCGUAUUUAUGAGCCAUUCGCAUAAUAAUUCUCUGGCUUCAUUAAUGGACAAUGCUGAUAUGGGAACAGAACUAGGUAAUGAUAAUUAUUCUUUCAAUUCCAAAUAUGCAAGCCAUAUCGGUAAUGGUAGUAUAUCAGGUGUCAUUCCAACAUCUGGAAAUAAUAAUAUUCAAUUAAUUAACAAAAUGAGUUCAAAUAUCAGGAGGUUGGAAAUUGAAUUAAGUACUAUGAAAGAUGAAAAUACUCAAUUGUCCUUGGAAAAGGAACAAGCUCAGCAGGAAAUAUUAAAGCAAUUUAAAUUAGUCGAAGAAGUUAAUAGCCUAAAGGAGCAAAUUACUGCAUUGCAAACUGAAAUAGAUGAGAAGUCGAAGCAAGAAGAAACAAUGUUGGAAUUAAUCGGCGAAAAAUCAGAGCAAGUUGAGGAAUUAAGAGCUGAUGUUCAAGAUUUGAAAGAUUUAUGCAAAUCACAAGUCCAACAAAUGAUUGAGAUUCAAGAAUCAAAAUAG